CAAAACUUGGGGAGUCCCGUCCAAUUGCAAAAGCAAAGCAACCCAACCAACUGGCAUUUGUCUCUGUUCUCUUCCUCAGAAAGUCUUUUCUUUACCUUUUCCCCUCUUCACCUCUCAUUUCUUUUCCCCACUUUUCAGACCUUCUGUCUCUUCUUCCUCUCUGUGGCAUUUCACCAAACACUUUGCUUGCUUCAACAGUUAUUCCAGCAGGUCCAAAGCUUUUGCACUAAAUUACCGGAUACGAAACCAGGGUGGUUUCCCUCCUGCUCUUAUUCUUGCUUGAUUCGUGUCCCAUCUGAUAGUUGUAACAGGAAGCUCACGUGGGAGAUGGACGGGGCACAGUUGGAACUAGAGCGGCGAAGCAACUUCUUGAACAGCUUGAUCCAGAGAAAAAAAGCUACCGACCAGCAAGACCAGUUCGACGUUCGGGUUAGGGCUUCGGAUAUGCCCAUCCCUCUGCAGACCCGGGCUUUUGCGUGUGCGCGUCAGCAGCUGGACUCCAUGCCUGGCAACAAGGUCGACAGUAAGCGCCUUGCGUUGGCCUUAAAAAAGGAAUUUGAUGCUGCACACGGUCCAGCUUGGCAUUGCAUUGUUGGGACAAGCUUUGGUUCGUAUGUCACUCACGCCAUAGGAGGGUUUCUAUAUUUUUCUAUCGACAAGAUAUACAUUCUCCUCUUCAAGACCGCAGUUGAACCUUUUGAUCGCUCAGAAUGACACAACGUAUAUAUCUAUGCUGUCACUAAUUUUCCUUUCAUCUACUUUGGCUUCUUUCUUAGUCCAUUACUAGCCUGUUAGUCUGUACUCUCUGGCGGGUAUUCUUACUUUACUAAAUUGGCGGUUCUAAUGUUUUACGAUUCUUUCGUGAUGUUAUGAAAGUAGGAUCACAUUUCACAGAGUUGGACACUAAUCUUAUGAAUAAUGGCAGUACUG